AUGUCCCCAGUGUUACUGUGGACGGGGAAGGUCGGCGAUGCGUCUGCGUUCCGUGUCUGGGGAUCUCGGGCGUUUGUCCGCGACUUGUCUGCGGACAAGCUGUCCCCCCGUGCUGCUCCCUGUGUCUUCCUUGGCUUCCCCCCUGACGCUCCAGGGUGGCAGUUCUACCACCCCUCCUCUCGUCGUGUUCUGUCCUCCCAGGACGUCACGUUCGACGAGUCAGUCCCCUUCUACCGCCUCUUCCCCUACCGUACUCCUUCCCUUCCCCCCCCACCGGACUUCCUGGUAGACACGGUCGAGCCUGUCGAGGUUGCUGCUGAGUCUGGUCCUGCUGCGGGUGCUGAGCCUGGGGGUGCUGCUGCUGGGGGUGCUGAGCCUGGGGGUGCUGAGCCUGGGGGUGCGAGGCCGGGGGGUGCUGAGUCCUGGGGUGCUGAGCCGGGGGGUGCUGAGCCGGAGGGUGCUACGUUAGGAGCUGCUGAGCCUGGGGGUGCUGGGCCUGGAGGUGCGGAGCCUGCGCCUGCUGGACCUGGGGGCUCUCCGGUUCUUCCGUCUCGGCGGGAGCCGCUCUCUCCACAGGAGCUGCGCGAGUGGUUUGCUCGCCGCUGGAGGCGUGCUGCUGGAGCUGGAGCUUCUUCGCCUGCUGAGGGUGCUGCCGGUCCCGGAGCUGCUGGGCCUGCGGGUCCUACUGGAGCUGGAGCUACUGAGUCUGGGGGUGCUGAGUCUGGAGCUGCUGAGCCUGGAGGUGCUGAGUCUGGAGCGGCUGUGCCUGGGGGUGCUGAGUCUGGAGCUGCUGAGCCUGGAGUUUCUCCUGCUGCUGCGUCUCGCCGGGAGCCCCUCUCUCCACAGGAGCUGCGUGAGUGGUUUGCUCGCCGCUGGAGGAGUGCUGCUGGAGCUGGAGCUUUGUCGACCGUCGAGGGUGCUGGUGCUGCCGGUCCCGGAGCUGCUGGGCCUGCGGGUCCUACUGGAGCUGGAGCUGCUGAGGGUGUUGGUGCUGAGACUACUGCUGUCUGUCCUGGCGGUGGUUCUGCUGCUGGUGCUGCUGGAGGUCCUGCCGCUGGAGGUGUUGGUGGCGCUGGUGCUGUCGCUGAGGGUGCUGGUGCUGUCCCUGCUGAGUCUGGAGCUGCCGCGCGGCCUCGGCCGUACUUCGUUCCGCUCCUACAGCAGGUUCUUGGUCUUUCUCCUUCGGUAGAGUGUCCACAGCCUGUCCAGUCGCAGUCACUGUUGGAGCCUUCCUCUCCUCUGCCUGCUCCCUCUCCUUACACUAGUCCUACUGGAGGUCUUGCUGAGCGUCGUGAGCCUGCGUCUCGUCCCGCGUCGCCUGUUCGUGCUGCUCGCGCUAGUGGUCGCGGUUCGCGUCAGCGUCCUCCUCCUGUCCCUGGCACGCACCGGAUGUCUCUGCGUCCGUCCACUGCUCCUCUGCGUGCCCCUUUGCCUUCUCCUCCUGAGUCCUCUCUUCCUGCGCUUGCCGACCCUGAGUCGGACUCUCUUCGCGCUGCCAGUCCUACUGUCACGCGUCUGCUUGCUACUGUCGUCACUGACCCCUCUUUUGAGUCCACUGCUGCGUCUGCUCUAGUCGCUGAGCUCGUUGACUUUGCUGCUCGCUGUCGUCUCGACUACGCUGCUGGUCUUGUUGCUGAGUCUGCGUCUGUCUGUCCUCCGUCCGUCGGGGGUGAGUGUGCUCUUGGCACGGACGUCCUAGAGGACAGACAGGAGGAGUUACAGUGUCUAGCGGCUGCUUCACCUCAUCUCGCGUCUGUACUGCUUGCCCCUGAGGGAGACCCGGAUGCACUAGACAUCCCGACUCCGCGUUCUUACGCGGAGGCCGUAGAGGGUCCCUACUCCUCUCAGUGGCAGGCAGCUAUGGAUGCAGAGAUGGCUUCCUGGAAGUCCACAGGCACCUACGCUGACGCGGUUCCCCCUCCUGGGGCGAACAUCGUCAGUGGCAUGUGGAUCUUCAGGGUGAAGCGGCCGCCGGGCUCUCCACCUUUCUUCAAGGCGCGGUACGUUGCUCGUGGCUUCAGUCAGCGGCAGGGAGUUGACUACUUUCAGACCUUCUCUCCCACCCCGAAGAUGACCACUCUUCGGGUGCUGCUGCACAUAGCCGCUCAGCGCGACUACGAGCUUCACUCUCUCGACUUCAGCACUGCGUUCCUGCAGGGUAGCCUGCACGAGGAGAUUUGGCUGCGCCGUCCACCUGGCUUCACUGGGACUUUCCCUCCUGGCACCCAGUGGAGCCUCCGACGGCCAGUCUACGGUCUCCGCCAGGCACCGCGUGAGUGGCACGACACACUGAGGACUACGCUUGCGACUCUUGGGUUUGCUCCUUCUACUGCUGACCCGUCGCUGUUUCUGCGCACCGACACUUCACUGCCGCCGUUCUACAUCCUCGUGUACGUCGACGACUUGGUCUUUGCCACAGCGGACGCUGCUGGACUCGCCUACGUGAAGUCCGAACUGCUGAAGAGACACACGUGCACAGACCUGGGUGAACUGCGCAGCUACCUUGGCUUGCAGAUCACUCGGGACAGAGCACGCCGCACCAUUACCUUGACUAAGUCACACAUGGUGCAGCAGGUCCUUCAGCGCUUCGGCUUCACGUACUCCUCGCCUCAGGCCACUCCUCUGCCUACUCGCCACUCACUCUCAGCUCUGCCUUCGGAUGAGUCCGUAGAGUCGAGUGGUCCGUAUGCAGAGCUUGUUGGCUGCCUCAUGUACCUGAUGACCUGCACACGACCUGACCUUGCAUACCCUCUGAGCAUUCUUGCACGCUAUGUUGCUCCUGGGAGACACAGACCAGAGCACAUGGCUGCAGCGAAGAGGGUAUUGCGCUACGUGUGCAGUACGUCGGGCAUGGGGCUUGUGCUUGGAGGGCGCAGUCCAGUGGUCCUUACCGGCCACGCGGACGCUUCUUGGGCUGACGACCAGGCUACGCAGCGGUCGUCACAGGGUUACACCUUCAGCCUUGGUUCCGGCUCUGUCUCGUGGCGGUCUACUCGCUCGUCUUCGGUUCUCGGCUCCAGUUGUGAGGCUGAGAUCUACGCCGGGGCCAUGGCUACACAGGAGCUUCGCUGGCUCACCUACCUGCUGACUGACCUUGGAGAGCCGCCUCGUUCUCCUCCAGUGCUGUACGUAGACAACAAGGCCAUGCUGGCCUUGUGUCGAGAGCAGCGCUUGGAGCACAGAACGAAGCACAUUGCUCUCCGCUACUUCCUUGCUCGUGAGCUGCAGCAGCGUGGUCAGUUGCGACUUGCGUACGUGGCCUCUGAGGCCAACACUGCUGAUGUGUUCACCAAGGCACUCGCGCCUUGUGACCAUCAGCGCUUUUGCACCCAGCUGGGUCUUGUGCCUGUCUUGCCUCACUUGCUCUCCUCUUGA